GUUUAAUUAAUUAAAUUGAAUAAUGACGUUACUCUGAGCGGUCGUGCGACUAAUUUAUCGCUUCGGAUUUCUUUCGUCACAAAAUAAAAUAAGUGCCGGCCCGAAUCGCGAAGUAUCAGACAUCAGUUACAAUCUAGUGUUUCAAUGAGACGUUGCUCUUAUUCUAGCUCUGCACAUUUAAACUUAUAAUUCUGUGGAAAGUGAUAUUAAAUUAUACCUAAAAUGGGUGCACACGUUUCGAGAAAUGAUUUUGAAUGGGUCCAUACUGAGGAGCCGCACGCCAGUCGACGAAAGAUUAUUUUGGAAAAGUAUCCAGAAAUCAAGAAACUCUACGGCUAUGACCCGAAUUUUAAAUGGGUGGUCACCGGGAUGGUGUUCGCUCAGUUCGUAAUGCUGCCCCUGGUGCCGUAUAUGAGCUGGCCCAUGGUAAUUAUCGUCGCGUACUGCUUUGGAGGUGUUAUUAAUCAUUCCCUUAUGUUGGCAAUCCAUGAAAUUGCACACAGCCUAGCUUUCGGUCACAACAGGCCACUACACAACAAAUUGUUUGGCUUCUUCGCGAACCUGCCGAUUGGAAUACCAAUAUCUAUCAGUUUUAAGAAAUAUCACUUGGAGCAUCAUAGGUAUCAAGGCGACGAGAAGAUCGAUGUUGACCUACCGACCUUGGUAGAAGCGAAGUUAUUUUGCACUACUGGUGGUAAAUUGGUAUGGCUCUUCCUGCAACCGUUCUUCUAUUCCCUAAGGCCGUUGGUGGUGAGACCCAAACCACCAUCGCCAAUGGAAGUAAUCAACCUGAUCUUACAAAUCAUGUUUGAUAUGCUCGUGGUGAAGUUUUUCGGAGGCAAAGCGUUGGGAUAUCUCCUUAUUGGAUCUCUUCUAGCUAUGGGCAUACACCCUGUUGCUGGCCAUUUUAUAUCGGAGCAUUAUAUGUUCAAAAAAGGCUUUGAGACAUAUUCCUACUAUGGUCCACUUAACUGGAUCACGUUUAAUGUGGGAUACCACAAUGAGCAUCAUGAUUUCCCAGCGGUACCGGGGAGUAGGCUGCCUGAGGUGAAACGCAUAGCACCAGAGUUUUACGACAAUUUACCACAUCAUGACAGCUGGUCGAGCGUCUUGUGGGACUUCGUGACCGAUCCCGAUAUCGGGCCUUACGCUAGGAUCAAACGCAAGAACCAGGGCCUAGACAGUUAGGUUUGAAAAAGAUAGUUAAAUUGUCGGUUGAAAUAGGUCUGAUUCAAAGAUUUGUUUGUAUUUUAAAGGAUUUUUUCAUGUCACAAAAUUUUAUAUCAUCCACGAAGAUGAUCUUUUAUAUACCGUUUUAAUCAGUGAUUUAUUUUGAGUACUGUGUAAUAAUGUUCUUAUUUAAGGUGAGAAAAUUAUGAAAUUUUAAUAAAAAAAUAACGCAAAAAAUUAUUGGCGUAUGUAGCUUUUCCAAUACUCAAUUUGGAUAUAUGUGUCUCACAACCUUUUUUUGUGUAA